AUGGAGGACGCGCUGAGGCGGGAGCUCGCAACGGCGCUGCUGCGGCCCACCGGGCACACCGGCGGCGGCUGUAUCAGCCAGGGCCAGAGCUACGACACGGACCGCGGCCGGGUGUUCGUCAAGAGCAACCCCCAGGCGGAGGCCAGAAGAAUGUUUGAGGGAGAAAUGGCAAGUUUGGAAGCCCUCCUGAAAACGCAGGCGAUAAAAGUGCCUAAACCCAUCAAAGUUAUAGACCUGCCUGGGGGCAGCACUGCGUUUGUGAUGGAACAUUUGGAAAUGAGAGGCUUAAACAGACAUUCAGCUCUUCUUGGAACACAACUGGCUGAUCUUCACCUUCAUAACCGGCAACUUGCAGAGAAGCUGAAGAAGGAAGAGAGCACAGUUGGUAAGGGGCAAGGGCAAACGGAAGUCCAGUUUGUGGAUCAGUUUGGCUUUCAUACAAUUACCUGCUGUGGCUAUCUUCCACAGGUGAAUGACUGGCAGAGUGACUGGGUGACCUUCUUUGCCAAACAAAGAAUCCAGCCCCAGAUGGACAUGAUCGAAAAGAGUUCAGGAGACAGGGAAGCAAGAGAACUUUGGGCACAACUUCAGCUGAAAAUACCCAGUUUGUUCUGUGAUAUAGAAAUUGUUCCUGCUCUCCUGCAUGGAGAUCUAUGGGGAGGAAACGUAGCUGAGGAUGAUUCUGGUCCAAUUAUCUUUGAUCCAGCUUCUUUCUACGGCCAUUCAGAGUAUGAGCUUGCAAUAGCUGGGAUGUUUGGUGGCUUCAGCAGUUCUUUUUAUUCUGCUUAUCACAGUAAAAUUCCCAAAGCUGCAGGGUUUGAGAAACGCCUGAAGCUUUAUCAACUGUUUCACUACAUGAACCAUUGGAACCAUUUUGGUUCAGGAUACAGAGGGUCUUCUUUAAACAUUAUGAGAAACCUUGUAAAGUGACUUGCUACUUAGGCCAAAUACCUCCCAGGUUGUUUGGAAAACCCCACACUCAUUGGUGCAGCUACAGGAGUAGUAAUGUUAAAAAAAUCCUCUGAGACCCCUCACCUUGUUGUUCAGCUGAAGAUCUACAAUCAGUAAGUCCUGCUGAAUAACAAGCGUAACAGACAUCCCUUUGUAGGAUAGUUGGGAGUAACUUUAGGAGGGAAAUAUCUACGGACAGUUUAUUCAUUUGCAGAGUGAAUAAAGGCCUCAGUGUCCAAAAAGCAUUGUGUGCUUGAGACUAUGCAAGGCAGUAGAAAUGAACACUGAGGAGAUGGCUAGAAGAAGUGCUCAUUGCUUUUUACUGUGUCUUCCCCCCUUUAGGAUAGAUUGCUCAGACCCUUUCAGCUUUUCAUGUCCAGUUGUGUGCAUGAGAGCAAUAUUAACAACAUAGUCUGAAAGUCAACAGGAUAAAAAAUUUAAUGGGAACUGUGAGAAGGGAUUUGGACUUGCUGUUCAUUUUCACAGAAUGUGAAAAUGGAUAAGGUUGGAAGGGAUCACUGAAUGUCACCUGGUCCAAGCUCCCUGUUUAGGCAGGAGCCCAUAGAGAAAGUAAUCAGGAUUGUGUCCAGAGGUCUUGGAAGACCUCCAGUGGUUUGCUAAAGUGAUUCUGUUGGAUGGAUACUGUUCUGUGAUAAAGUGGUGUGAAAUUUUCGUGCCUCCUGGAAUCUGUGUAGGCUAUUCUGUGCUUUCUGGUCAGUCAGCUUUUAUCCACAGCAGUUUUGUUUUCACCAGUACUAGUUUUGUUUUUUUUGGAUUGUGCUUUUUCCAGUAGUAUGCAUUCUUAAAGAUCUUUUCAGGUAAGACACUUUGCAUGUACACCCUGAUGUCCUGUGAGGGUGUAUUCUCUCACUACUGCAAACAGAAGAUGUAGUUUUUGACUGUUGUAAUUUCCCAAGGAACAAUGCCAUCUGGCCAUGGUAGAGGCCUCACAUAUAUUUUCUGUAGCUUUAGAGUACAGAUGCCAUAAGCUGACAUUUUUCUUCAGUCCCUGUGGAGAAAUGCUAAAAGACAAAGCUGAGCAAAGAGAAGUGUCUGUGUUGGCAGUUCACCAGAAACAAACUCUACAUGUAUUGGGAGCAGGAACACUGAGAGAGCUUGGUGUGCUGCCCUAAGAAAGGAAUGGGAAAAGGGAUGGAGCGGCACAGAGGUGUUGUGGUCAUGCCCUGUUUAAAACAAUGCAGCUAAUGGGAACUGAGCCAGAGGAAUGGCCAAACCAGUGACCAAAAGCUGAACUUCUGUUUCGUUGACUUGGAAAUACAUAUUACUUUUAACACCCUGCAUGUGCUAAGGAAGUAAAACCUGUACAUGCUUUACAUGUAUGAGUAUAGUCACUCAAACUGCACCUUAUCAUGAGAUGACAUCAACUGGAAUGUUGUCUUUUCCCCACCUCAAAGAAAAAAUUAAAAUCUUAAGGGGGGAAGGAAGUCAGAGGAGACUCCCCCUUUGUAUCCUGGAAUGGCCAAUGGGCUGUACCCCUCUGCUCCCCCUUAUUUCAUGGAAAUACCAUUGCUUAUUUCAUGGGAAUACCAUUGCUUGUACUUUCUCUUAUCAGUAUAUUUAUCAAUGACAAUUUAUGUACCUUAUUCUGUCACAAAGAUCAGUAAAUCACACUUACCUGGGAUCGUGAAUGUGCCCAAUGUUGAUGCUGUGCUAUUUGUGCAUCUGUGAUAGUGAGAGUUCUAACGCAGACUCAGAGUGAACAAGACAUUGUUUACUCUACAUUAUCUGUGAGGGUCUCCUAGGGACUCAAAUAGAUUAAGAAGGGGAUGAUCAGCCACCUCUAAGCCCACUACAUCUGUGGGUAACCCAGAAAGCAGUGGGAUCUUCAUUUCCUAAAUUUUUACAUGCCAGUCCUCACUAAGUGCACGUUGUAGCUCUUGUGAUAAGAGACCUGAAACCAAAGGAAGUUAAUGUGUAACUCAAAGACCAGCACUUCACCAGUGUCAGGAGUUUUUCACAGUAGUUCUGCAGACUAUUGCUUUUACCUGGAAGAUGUUAAUACUAAAAUUGUCCUCUUUCUGAUGUAGGCUGGUAGUGUACUUCUGUGCAAGCUUACCAGGUAGGUGAGACAGAGAUGCAUGAUUCCUAAUGUGCAUUUUGAGUGUUGGGGAAUGACUGUAAUUAACUAAAACUGGUUUUCACUGGAUACUGGCAUAUUACUGAGCAUUUCUUAGUUCUGGUUUUGCAGUUAUUUACACAAUUUGAAAGCAGGUUUGGAGAAGACUCUCACUUGAUAAAAUUUUCCUAAAUUCUACUACUUUUCUGACUGUCCGUUUGAUUUUUGCUGCAAAAUGUUUUAAAGCCCUGCUUGAUAGAAUAGGUUUUACUUCUACCUUGUUGCUUAAAUAAAAAAGUUUCCCAGUUGA